AAUGUCUCAAAGUCUCAAACUUUAUUAUUGUUGUAAAUUUUGGACCAUUAUUUUCGCUUUUAUUAUUGUUUGAAUUAUAACAAUAAUGUUUGGUCAAUAUUGUUUUGACAUUUGAUACGAGGUAAAAUUAUUUUAUUCGUCGGAAACACCUGCCGGGAGCUGGCCACAUUCUCUCUGUCUUCUUUUCAGCAAAGCAGCCAUGUGGAUACCGAACUUGCCGAUCACCAUCGUUAGCGCCGUGGCAGCCAGCGCAGGCGCACUCUGUAUAUUCAAAGACAUCCACGGCGGGCCGCCAUUCGACCGCGAGGCGCGAGCGGACAACAAGACAGUCGUAAUCACGGGCGCCAACACCGGUAUCGGCAAAGAAGCAGCGUGGGAGUUUGCUAAGAGAGGCGCCAAGGUAUUCAUGGCAUGCCGUGACAUGGAGAAGUGUGAGAAGACACGCAAGGACAUAGUCCUGGAGACGCACAACAAGUACGUGUACUGCCGCCCCUGCGACCUCGCCAGUACGAAGUCUAUCCGGGAGUUUGUGCACAGGUACAAACAAGAAGAGCCGCACCUCCACAUCCUGGUGAACAACGCAGGAGUCCUGGAACCCAAGGAGAAGAUCACACAAGACGGCUUCGAGAUGACCCUGGGCGUCAACCACCUGGGACACUUCCUGCUUACCAACCUUCUGCUGGAUACUUUGAAGGAGUCAGCACCAAGCCGCGUGGUGGUUGUAGCAGACAGCGCUCACAAACGAGGGACCAUCCACACUGAGGACCUCAACAUGACUGGCAGCAAAGACAAAGCUGCCAUGUACGCGCAGAGCAAGCUCGCCAACUUGCUGUUCGUGAGGGAGCUGGCCAGGAGGCUGCUAGAAACGGGCGUGGCAGUGGUGGCAGUGGACCCAGGUCUGACAGACACGACCCUCACCCGCAACAUGCCCAUGAUGAGGAGCAUCACCCGGUUCUUCAUCUACCCGCUGUUCUGGCCAGUCAUGAAGACGCCCAAGAUCGGCGCCCAGGUCAUCGUCCACGCGGCCCUGGAUCCGAAGCUCGCGACAUGUGCUGGGGACUACUACGUAGACAUGAAGAAGACGGAUCCGUCGGCGUCCGCGCAGGACUUCGAGAUGGCGCAGUGGCUGUGGAAGGUCAGCGAGAAGUGGACCAAGUUGAACGAACACAAACAGAUACCGCAGGCUAGCGCCGCGUAGAAUUACAGCUAUAACCUAUCACAAACAGCCCAUAUACGUCCCACUGCUGGGCACGGGCCUCCCCUCAAUCCACCGGAGGGGGUAUGGAGCAUACUCCACCACGCGCUGCUCCACAGCGGGUCGAUGGACGUGUUUUACAGCUCUACAGGGUGUUAGUGACAUCGUAACGACUCAGAAUGAAAAAAUCAGACCAUGAUUUUGAGUUGAUAACAAGUGGAAUUUUCCGUCGCAAAAGUACGGAAUUUUUCGACAGGAAAUUUCAUCACUGAAUGAAUUAGGGACUUUCCAAGCCCUGUGGAAAGUCCCUCAUUGAAAAGGAAACAUUAACUCAGUGAAGUUAGUACAUAAUUUACUAAGCUAUGUUUGCAUUUACUUUGUUGUUAGUUCUCUAGACAUAUUUUAAUAAAAUGUAGAUUAAUACUAGUGAUGUUCCGAAUAUCCGUAUCCGUAUCCGCGGAUAUCCGAGAUAAAAGAAAAAUCCGUAUCCGUGUCCGUUACUUUUCACGCGGAUCUUUUACGGAUCUUUUUCAGGUGAUUAAGUAGAAUUAUUAAAUAAAAAACUAUAAAAUUCCACUCAGAUUGGUUUUAUUUCUUAAAAUCAAAUAUUUGGCACCUUUAUAUUGCAAACAUUUAGAUAGAUAGAUCUUUAUAAUGAAAGCAAGAUAAAAUAUCACUUUUAUAACAAUGAAAUAACUAAAAAUUUAAUCUUUUUUUGACACCAAUCGAAUAAUAUCGAAUAAGAAAAUAAAGAUCCGUAUCCGUAUCCGCGGAUCUUUACACUAAAUAUCCGUAUUCAGAUCCGUAUCCGCGGAUAUACAUUUUUAACGAUCCGGCACAUCACUAAUUAAUACACAAA